CGGUUUUACUGGUACGUUUUGUACUCGCCAUGCGUGAAUGCGUCGCUGCAGCUGCGAUACACAUAACCUAGAAGCUCUACUCUGCUCGUAUCCAUCAAUCGUGGAAGUCGUGCGACAAAUAGCCGGAGAAUUUCGGUUAUUAACCUCAAUCUAUAACCUCAGAACGUGACGGGGGACUCGUCGGACGAUGCCAAAGUACUACUGUGACUACUGCGACACAUAUUUGACUCAUGAUUCGCCGAGCGUGCGAAAGACCCACUGCCAGGGUCGCAAGCACAAAGACAACGUGAAGUACUUUUAUCAGAAAUGGAUGGAGGAGCAGGCUCAGCAUCUGAUCGACGCGACCACGGCGGCAUUCAAGGCUGGAAAGAUAGCGUCGAACCCAUUCGCGGCCAACAAGGGUGCAGCGAUACCACCUCCGCCGAAUCUUGGCUCUAGUCUUGGCUCGAGAUCCGGAGUGCCACCGCAAGGACCUCCGGGAAUGAUGCCACCGCCAGGUAUGCAUCCAGCCGGUCCGAUGGGGCCAGGGGGCCCUAUGAUGAUGGGACCUCAUGGACCAAUGCCACCGCCGAUGAUGGGCAUGAGACCACCUAUGAUGGGGCCGAUGGGACCGAUGGGUCCUAUGAUGGGUCCUAUAGGUCCUAUGGGACACAUGAGACCACCGAUGAACGGACCACCGCCACCGAUGGUAGGACCACCUCCGAUGAAGAAAUAACAUCCAAAUUGAACAAUGUUAAAUCUUGUAUAUUACAUCAGACAAUAUGGACUUGGCCAAGUGCUUUGAUUAUUUAAUAAUUGUGUACGUUGUACGUGUAAGUACUUUUGUAUAAAUACUGAAGGAUCUCCUGCGAUUGAGAACUUUGUAGCGAGCUUGAAUAACUCACAAAUACUCUUCUAAAUAAAUAUAAUGUAAUCGGUAUCUGAAUAUUUUUCAUAUCUUUUUCUGUAUUUUCAAUGAUGAAGUAAAUAGUUAUGUAAGGUGAAAAUUGAUUUCUGAGAAGUGAAUGUAAAAUGAAUGUGAGACAUGGAAUUCAAGACACUGAAGAUUUAUCAAUCAUUUGAGUUGUUAGAAAUUAUUUUAGCAAUAUAUAUGUACAUAUAAGAUUACAUAGUGUUAAUAAGAUUUAGCGAUAAGUAUAUGACGAUAUCAAUAUUACAACGUAACAUUUUCUCCUGCAUUGAUACAAUUCUUUAAAUUCUUUAAACACAAAAUAAAUUUAUUUGCAUUAUA